AUGGCCGGGAUAACUCAUUUACAUGAUUACCCGGAACUAUAUAUUGAGAGUGUUUCUGAUGAUGCCUGGGAAAACUAUAUUAAGCAAAUGUCAAUACCUGGUACUUGGUGUGAUCAUCUCAUCAUACAAGCUGUUGCUAAUGCCUUUAACUGUGUCAUUCAUACCACAGAAUCUAAUGCUAAUUCACUGCAAGCUACCAUUAUAACUCCUGCUCUUCAGCAGGAAAUACAACACACAAUAUUUAUUGGGUACAUAAAUGAUCUGUACUAUGUUUCAACUGUGACACACAGUAACAGUCAAAAUAUAAAUAGAUUAAAAUACUUAAAGAGAAAAUAUAGUGUUUCAGAAUAUGACAAGGAGAGUAUACUUGGUAAAAGGAGAGCCAGUGAUAAAAAACAAUUAUCAGAAUAAACUGCUGAAAAAAAGCAAGAAAGGCUUGCAAAAAGAAGAGCCAGUGAUAAAAAACAAUUAUCUGAAGAAACUGCUGAAAAAAAGAAAGAAAGGCUUGCAAAAAGAACAGCGAAUUAUAAAAAAAAAUUGUCUGAAGAAAGUGCUGAUAAAAAGCAAGAAAGGCUUGCAAAAAGGAGAGCGAAUUAUAAAAAACAAGCCUCUCAGCAACCAGUGAAAGAGAGGCAAGAAAAACUGAUUGAUUCUCCAAUUCAUGAGCAAACACAGGCAAAAAGCAAUAUUGAUAUGUUUCAUAAGUCCAAUAUCUAUAAGGUUUACCAGUGUUCUGUUUGCCAGGAAGCAUGGCCCGUAAAGUACAGGCCAAGAAUCGCUAAUCAAUAUCAGUGUUCAAGGUGCACCAAUGAUAAACAACAACCAAAGAAAUUUUCAAAAGAGAAUGACAUGAUUCCUUCAUUAGUUCCUUCUCAGCUUGCCGGCUUAACCCAAGUAGAAGAAAUGCUUAUUGCACGAGCACUUCCCAUUAUGCGUGUUUACAUAAAGCCUGGUGGGCAACGGGGCUAUUCAGGUCACUGUAUCAACCUUCCACAGAAUGUAGGUGAACUAGCACAUUCUCUACCAAGAUACCCAAAAGAUUUAUCUGUUAUAGUUGUUAAGAUGAAAGGUAAAGACAACAGCUUUAAAGAUGUAACAGUUCGAAGACAAAAUGUUGCAGAUGCACUGCAUUGGCUUAUUAAUAACAAUCCGUAUUACAAAGACAUAAUUAUCAACGAUUCUUUGAACUCAUUGCCUUUGCAUGGUGUACCACAAGAUCUACUUUCAAUAGAAACAGAAAAUCUUGAAAACAGUGAAGCUAGUGAGCCUGACUUAGGGCCUCAAAACGAAGAAGACAGUUUAUAA